AUGGCGCUUCAAUCAACUCGGGGAAAGAAAAACAUUGGCAUGCCAGACGCAGUCACUAGCUCGCUUGUCCCUGAUGACGACUCUUUAGCGCUAAAGCAGGCUGUCUCGCUCCUCAUGCGCCAGAACGGUGUGUUGGUGUUGCACUUUUGCCGCUCACGGAAAGCGAACUCGAAACACUUCCCCGAGUGGUGUGCGCUCGAGUUGCAAGCGCUAUGCCUGCUGGGACGUGAAGCAGAAGCUGUUCGCUUCGCUCGGGAACUUUUACAUAAGAACGACACUGUCGGGUCGGCGUGGAGGUGCCCUCCACUGGUUCGGUGUUGCUUCAGUGUUCUGGCCAAUUUCUUAGAACCGGACGAGGCUGCGUCGAUAGCCAAAACGUGCUUGGAAUCCUUCUUCAACUCAGUGGAAGCAUCGCGCUGGGGCGAAGCGGACACGAGGGACCUGCUCGAGCGGGUCUGGCUCCGUGGCGUGCUCUUCGGCGAAGCGCUGCGCUUUCCGGGUCGUGAACAGCGGCGGGCUUGGCUCGAAAGACACCUUGCAGUGCUCGAGCAUGCCAUGAGUACUUCUUCCGCUGAAGGUUCAGAUGCACUGACGCAUGCCCUGCAUCAGUGGGUCUCGAAGGAGGCGUUGCAAUCCCUGGCGAAGCGAUGCAUGACCAGCGACGCAGAACUCGACGAGCAGUCGACCCUCGAACGGAAUGAGCUUACGAGUCGCACUUGCGCAGCGGAAGACGAGACAACCCUGCGCUAUUCUACCGAUGAACGCGGACAAGUUCUCAAUGCGCAUGUACGAGCUGCAGAUGAGUCGGGGGCUGCUUCAUGGUUGCCUAUGGGAGUUUCGGCAUCAUUGCAGCGAUUACGCCACAGGUUUCAGCAUGAUCCUGCAUUUGUUGCCGAUUUCGUAACCUACACAUGUGCUGGUAUUGCUGCUCUUGGCUGGCUCAUCUACGCUCACCGGACCCGUCAGCGGAAGCGGCUGCAGACCCCGGGCACUCGAAUCGCGGCUAGAGGUUCGAAUCGUUUCUGGCGCAGUGCCCGGGACCUGCUUCGGAGCGCGCUCUUUCUCGGUGUCUAG